UUGUCAUUCACCAUGGAAGACGAAUUCUUUGGAGAAAAGAGCUUCCAGCAUUAUUGUGCAGAGUUCAUCAAACAUUCGCAGCAGAUAGGUGACGGUUGGGAGUGGAGAACAGCCAAGGCUGAGCCCCCGACCUCUGUACCCGGGCAUAUCUGAAGAAUAACUGACUGGAAACUGUCUAUGUUUGAUGGGUCUUGUGUGGAGCAGAAACUUCUUACAUUUUGUUUGAAGUGGGGUAUGUGCAGGAAUGUUCUGAUGGCUACAUGUGCAAAACACAGUUUCAAAUAAAAAAUGGGACAACAGCAUCACAUCUGGGAACACCUGCCAGUGUCCACGAGUGUCUUCAAACAGAGGAGGAUUUAGAGCUGCCCGUGGAUGGUUCUGAAGUGAUGGAGUCCACAACAGCGUCGGAAGUGAUCAAAUACGAGUAUCACGUCUUAUACUCCUGCAGCUACCAAGUGCCUGUUCUUUACUUUAGGGCAAGCUUUUUAGAUGGGAGACCUUUAGCCCUGAAGGAUAUAUGGGAAGGAGUCCACGAAUGCUACAAGACACGGCUGCUGCAGGGACCUUGGGACACCAUUACCCAGCAGGAGCAUCCAAUACUUGGGCAACCAUUUUUUGUUCUACAUCCCUGCAAGACAAAUGAAUUCAUGACUGCUGUGCUGAAAAAUUCGCAGAAAAUCAAUCGAAAUGUCAACUACAUCACAUCAUGGCUGAGCAUCGUGGGGCCAGUUGUUGGUCUGAAUCUACCUCUGAGCUAUGCUAAAGCCACAUCGCAGGACGAGUGAUCUGUUGAUGAGCAAGGCUUCUGCUGAUCCUAGAAACUACAGCAUGGAGAACACCAAGGGCGCACCUGAGAAGCCACGGUGUCUAUGGAACUGGGACUGCAGAAUCUCAUGUCACCAAGAUUUGAUGCAGAUUUCUUUCCUUGGGAAGAAAGCAUCUGCAAACCUGAUUGGAAUAGUGGUUGUGUGGAAGGAACACAUCGCAGAUUCAGAUCACUAUAACUAGGAAAAAUUAAUCUAAUCCAGUGAUGUUGUAAUGACCUCAUCAGGGCUCAUACAGGCCAUUUUCCUCAAGGCACAGUUCCUUUUCUGUUGUGGAGAUUGAUGGAGAAAUGUAUUUGUGUGUUUGGUUAUGCAGAAGAUGAAUGGAAAUUGCCAGGCGGUGGUGAUGCACGCCUUUAAUCGCAGCACUUGGGAGCAGAGGCAGGUGGAUCUCUAUGAGUUCAAGGCCAGCCUGGUCUACAGAGCGAGUUCCAGGACAGGCUCUAA